AUCAGACCUACUGUGACCGCCUGGUGCAGGACACACCUUUCCUGACGGUCCAAGGGCGCCUGAGUGAACAGCAGGUGGACAGGAUUAUCCUUCAGCUGAAUCGCUACUACCCACAGAUCCUCACCAAUAAGGAGGCCGAAAAGAUUUGUGGAGGGGUUAUAGGAGGUGACACAUGACAACAUACGAUAGCCAGUGACAUCAGGAGAUCGGGAGGGGAGAACGGAUGGGGCUGAGGGGGAAGGAUGGAAAGUUCCUGCUUGGCCUCAUCCUGGUGCCACCUGGAAGCUGCUCACGUAUCUUCCAAAGGAUCGAGUUUCGGAACCCCAAGGUGUCCCUGCGCCUACGACUCUGUGACCUCCUGAGCCACCUGCAGCGGAGUGGUGAGCGGGACUGCCAGGAGUUCUACCGAGCCCUGUACAUCCACGCCCAGCCCCUGCACAGCUGCCUGCCCAGCCGCCACACGCUGCAAAACUCAGAUUGCACAGAGUUCGACUGGGGCGACAAGAGCCACGAGCUGAGUGACCGGGGACCCAUGAGCUUCCUGGCGGGCCUCGGCUUGGCUGCUGGACUGGCCCUCCUCCUCUACUGCUGUCCUCCAGACCCCAAAGUGCUGCCAGGGGCCCGGCGUGUCCUUGGCUUCUCACCUGUCAUCAUCGAUAGGCAUGUCAGCCGCUACCUGCUGGCCUUCCUGGCAGAUGACCUCGGGGGGCUCUGACAGACCCAGGCCUAGAGGAUCUUGCCCUCUGCUCAACCAAAGAACCCCCUGGCUGCCUGCCCAGGGGCCGGCACUUCUUUUUCUAAGCGCUAUUUUUCAUUAUUUAUAAUUUCUAUAUGAAGAACAUCACCUUUACCCUACGAGGUGCUUAAUGAUAUUAAACAUUCACGUCCACUGGUUCUCUCUUGC